AUGGAUUUUAUGAAACUUCUGAAUAAGCCUUCAAUAGAUUUAAUUAAGAAUGACUUUCCGCAUGUGAACAAAUUUGAGUUAGAGCACACGAGUGUUUCGAAGCAACCGUUCCUCAAGAGCGGAUUCACCUUCGCCAACAACACGUACAGUAUCUAUGCCAAUUUGAAAAACAGCAUUUACAAUACAAAAAAUGAAAUUAAAUUCGACGCGACGGGAAUAAGUCUGCUGGAUGUCAAGUACCAGCCCGCCUACGUGAAAGAACUUAACCUCUGCGGCAAGUACACCAAGGGUCAAGGAAAGGAAGAAGACACCUUCGAGGUGUACAGUGAGUACACAUCAGAUUACAUGAGCGUAUUUUCAUCAGUCAAUGUGAAGAAACUUUAUUUCAAAUACAUGCACGUCGGUUCGCAUCCCAAGUUCCCCGAGUUCAAGUUUGGAGGGCUGUUGCAGGGAAAGCUAGAGGUGAAGAAUCUGCAAUACUCAUUUGGAGGAGCCUACGUGAAGAACAACAGUGACAACCAAUACAUCUUAUCCCUGCGAUCCAUUCCAACGAACAAGCACGCCUAUGGAAGCUUCGCAUUGAAUUUCUUUUUUCAGAACAAAAACUUGAAUGACAACGCAGUGAGUGUCGAGCUGAUUCAAAAUAUUGCAGAAAAGAAGUCCACGAUAAACGUGGCUUCUAUUUGGUAUAUGAAUGAUAAGAACACUGCUGUGAAGACUAAAAUUAGUAAUGACACUAAGGUGGCUUUGUCGUUGACGCACAAGUAUAACGAGUUUGUGUCCAUUUCUCUGGGUUCCCAGGUCGACAUCACGAAAAUGUCUCUCCCGGAUAGUACCAAGGUUGGAGUAAAGUUGUUUUUGAAAUCUUGA